AUGGAAAACCAAACUUUCAAUAUGGAUAUCUUACAGCUGGAGGGGUUAAAGGUCAGCCCCCAGUCCUCCGUCCCCGCCUUUAUCCUCCUCCUCCUCAUCUACGUCUUCAUCGUGGUGUCCAACCUCGGCCUGGUGGUCCUGAUCUUCAUGGAGAGGAGCCUCCAGCAGCCCAUGUACCUGCUCUUCUGCAACAUGAGCAUUAACGACAUCUUCGGGGCGACGACCAUCAUCCCUCGCUUACUGAGCGACGUUUUUGUUCCCAUGACGCAGCGCUACAUUCAUUAUUACGAGUGCGUUAUUCAGGCGUUCUGCGCUCAUUUUCAUGGCGGCACCUCGCACACGAUACUCAUGGUCAUGGCCUUCGACCGCUACGUGGCCAUCUGCAACCCCCUGCGGUACGCCACCAUCAUGACCACGAGGAUGGUGGUGACGUUGUCAGUGUCAGCGUGGGCGAUAAUGUUCCUUCUGGUCGCAGUUGCGGUGAGCCUCAGUGUCCGCCUGUCGCGCUGCCGGCACUGGGUCAACAACCCGUUCUGCGACAACCCCUCCUUGUUCAAACUGUCAUGUGAAAACAUCAUCGUCAAUCACGUUUACGGCCUCGGCAGCGCCGCCGUCACCAUGGGGGCCUCCCUCGGCAGUGUCUUACUCACCUACCUGAGGAUUGCCAUCGUGUGUUUAAGCAGUAAGAGUGAAGUGCUGAACAGCCGUGCCCUGCAAACCUGUGCCACUCACCUGGCCGUGUACAUCCUCAUGCUCGUGUCAGGCCUAAUCAUCAUCCUCCUCCAUCGCUUCCCUCCGUUAUCAGACUACAGAAAGCUGGCGUCCAUCUUGUUCCAUGUGAUGCCUCCCUCCAUGAACGCCAUCAUCUACGGACUGCAAAUCAAAGCGGUUAGACAAAAAUUUUUAUUUAAAUUUUGCUGGAGGAGGAGGACAAGUGCCUCUGUCCGCGUCGGAAGCUGAUUUUUCGCGCAGUAGAGCCUCCGUCAGUGGGCGGAGCUCUCCUCUGCUGUGGGCGGAGCUCUCCUCUGCUGUGGGCGGAGCUCUCCUCUGCUGUG